AUGGUCCUGUCGUUGACCUACCGCCGUCCGGCCUAUGUCUCGCCCUCUCGCACCUCGCUCGACUCCGAGACAAGCGGCCGGGUCGAAUCCAUCAACUCAAACUCCAGCGGCCCUUAUGGGAUCCCCGAAGCUCUGUCAUUCGACAAGAUCAUCAGCGGUGGCACUUGUCCGCCGGUGACUACUCGCGAGUUCAUGGAUUUCCUCCGCUACAUUGAGCACGAUGCCGAGAACCUGCAAUUCUACCUGUGGUACCGUGACUACUCCAAGCGCUUUGCUGAGCUUCCCCCAACCCAGCAACGGCUAGCACCAGAAUGGACUGCGGAACAGGCUCUGGUGGAAAAGACCGGCGCCGAGAAGGAGAAACUGCCCAAGAAGGUGGCCAACAGUGCGGCAACCUUGUUCACCGGGACAGACUUCGACCCCAAGGCCAAAGCCGCCCUGCCGGAGGCCGCGCCUAACCCCUUCAGCACACCUCCCCGGACUUCUUCCGCCCAUGAUGGUUAUAGUGAUGCCCCUUCGACGGUCGGCUUCAGCGAGGACGGCACCACUCUCCGGAGCGGCACGGUUGACCACAGCAAGAAAGCAGAGGCUGCGUUUGAGGAAGCUGGCACCCUACAGCCUUUCACCAUUCAGCCUUUCCGUGAGGAAAUCACCCGAAUCAUUGCCACCUACAUCGCCGCCGGCGGGGCCAGGCUGCUCAAUCUCUCUUCGAAGGAAAAGGCCGUUCUCCUGAAGGCCCUGUCGAUCACCACCCACCCCUCGGCUUUCCGCGAUGUCAUUGCCACGGUGGAGUGGUCACUCCGGCACCAGGCCCACCCCAACUUCAUCCGAUGGACGAUUUGUAACGGCAACAAACCGAGGCAGGUAUUCGCGCGGGGUCUCGGGGUCGCCGGCAUUGUUGCUGGUAUUGUGUACGGCAUUGUCAUCACGUUGAGCUCGGCCAACCGUGGCUGGAGAGCUCUUGUUUUCCUUGGUCUCUUCAUCGGCAUUUCAACCCUGUUUGCGGCCUGGAAGGGCAUGUGUGUUGUGUUACAUGGCAUGCACCACCGACAUCUGCGUCCUUGGGAACUCUUUGGGGAUGAAGACGAAAUCUCCUCGGACUAUACCCUGAAGAAGGAAUCAUUCGAUACUCUGGGCUCGUCCAAAAGCUAUGAAGAUGAGCCGUGGGUGGCCAAGUACGAGAAACGUAAUGUUAUCCGCAAGAUUUUCGACCGUGAAGUCUGGAUCCAAGAGCCUGCUCUCCGCCAAAUUCAGGACACCAUCUUUGUGCAAGCUCUGAUCACGGCGUUCGUCAUCUCUGCCAUCUUGACUGCCAUCUUUCUAGCCGUCCCAGCUGGACAUCUCUUUUAG